AUGCGGUGCACCACCCUCCUUGCCCUGCUGGCGGGGGUCAUGCUGUACCUGUUCAUGGGAGCACUUGUUUUCCAAACUCUGGAGGCUUCGGAGGAGAGAAAACAGUACGAAAACCUGCUUGAUGCAAAAAACGUCUUUCUUCAAAAUCACUCUUGUGUCAGUGAGCACGAAUUCCACAAGCUUGUUAAGAGUGUGAUGUCAGCAGUGGAGAGCGGCCUGGAUGUGAGCAGCCUCUCUACCAACUUCACCAGCCGCUGGGACAUGGCCUCUGCCUUCUUCUUCUGUGGUACCAUCAUUACCACCAUCGGUUUUGGGAACCUGUCUCCUCGGACGUGGUCUGGCCAGUUGUUCUGCGUGUGUUACGCUCUGGUUGGCAUCCCCAUGUUUGGCAUACUGCUAGCUGGAGUGGGUGACCACAUGGGCACGGUGCUGCGGAGGGCUGUGGCCAAGAUUGAGACCUUCUUCCUGAAACGUAAGGUCAGGCCCACCACUGUGCGUGUGACCUCAGCCGUCCUCUCCAUCCUGAUUGGGUGUCUGAUUUUUCUCGCCGUGCCAACAUUCGUGUUUCAGAGAAUAGAGAACUGGUCGUUUUUGGAGUCACUCUACUUUGUGGUUAUCACUCUCACCACUGUUGGCUUCGGAGACUUCGUACCAGGUGGAGGUCGUGAAGGCGAUGGGUGGUUCAAGCCUGUGGUGUGGUUGUGGAUUGUGUUUGGUCUCGCCUACUUCGCCUCCAUCCUCACCAUGAUAGGCAACUGGCUGCGGGUGCUGUCUAAGAGGACCCGAGCUGAGAUGGAGGAGUUGAGGGCUCACGCUACAGACUGGACCCAGAACAUCCAGAACAUGUCGAUGGACUUUCGAAUCCCCAACCCUCUGGAGUUUAAUGACCCCUUCCUACUGCAGCGCCGGAAAUGGAAACGUAGUCAGCGUCGCCGCAUCCGUCGGGGAGCCCAAGGCACUGUGGGAUACUUUGAUCGCAGGGGAUCUGAGAAUGGACACCUGCCGAACCACUGGGCCGCCCUCUCCAGCUCCAUGAGCCGGCUAGAGGCCCAUUCCUCUCUUGAGAGGGCACCGGUGCCCAAAACCCUGCCGAGGUUCAGUGUUGCUGGAGGUGGAGGUGCGAUGGGCCCGAGAGCAGGGCUUGGACUGAGGGUUGACCCCGAUGUGGGUAUGCAGAUAGAGGGCAGGUCAUUUCCUCACCUGCUGGCACGCUCGUUCUCCCUCCCUGUAGCCCACUCCACCUCACAGCUGGACUCGGUAGGUGCAGCCAUGCAGAGAGCGUCGCUCUCUGGAUCAGAGUCUCCAUUUGACUCAAGAUCAGACGUCUCCUCUGCCUCCUCGUCCUUCUCAGCGCUCUUCAGGUUCCAGCACUGUCUGGCCAUCAGCAGCAUGGAGGAGGGAGCAGCAAGAGCAACAGACAUGAACACACCACUGGAGAAAUACAAAAUGAUUCCAGAUGAAGGAAGCAAAAUUGUUGAAAACAAACGCCCACCCACCCCAAAUUUCCUCUCACACCCUUCCACUCCUCCUUCCCGUCGUCCUUCUUUUUAUCACCCAGUUCUCUCCCCGUCCGGCUGCCAGCUGCUGGAUUUCUUCGGGGAGAACCUGGCGUACAUCGACGAAUCUUCAGACACUCUGAGUGACCUCGCCCAGCCGCCAGAGGAGAAGAAGAGGCGGCCGCGAAAGCCUAAAAGGAGGAGCAUGAGGAGGCAGCUCUCACACAAGUGGAGUCCCCUGCAGGUGAGGAGGCUCAACAGUGAUAUGCAGCCACCAUCCAAUCCCCCAACACCACCUCCAGACUCUUCUCUUUCAGAUAUACUCAAGAGGACUCAACAUUGA